AUGGAGUCGAAUAUUUUCCAAGCAGCAGAAGAAUUGAUCCAUUUCGUUAAUCGUGGGCCUUCCCCAUUUCACGUGGUUGAAGAAGUCAAGCGACGCCUUGGGCCUGCUGGCUUUCGACAACUGGAUGAGCGACAACCAUGGUCGAUAGUGCCCAAUGGACUGUACUUUACGCAGAAAAAUCGAUCGACCAUUAUUGCAUUUGCUGUUGGUGGCAAAUACAAGCCUGGUAAUGGCUUUAGUAUAGUUGGAGCGCAUACCGAUAGCCCAUGCUUAAAGGUUAAGCCAAUCUCCAAAAAAAUUAAAAGGGAUUACUUAUGUGUCGGAGUUCAAUGCUAUGGCGGCGGUAUUUGGAAUACGUGGUUUGAUCGUGAUUUAACUGUCGCUGGCAGAGUUUUAACAAAGGAUGAAAACGGUAUUGGAGACCAGUUAAUACAUAUCAAGCGUCCGAUAUUGCGAGUUCCGCAUUUAUGUAUACAUCUAGAUCGUAGUAAAAAUGAUAAUUUUGGAGCUAACAAAGAAACCGAGAUUGUGCCUGUUCUUGCGACAUGUAUCCAGCAAGAAUUACAAAAGUCUACUAAUCAUAUUGGUCAGCAGGUACGUAAAAAUUACGCAUCAAAGCAUCAUUCAGCUCUUAUAAAAUUGAUUUGCGACGAGAUUUCAUGCAAGCCAGAACAUAUUUUAGAUUUUGAAUUAUGCCUGGCUGAUACGCAGCCUGCCGCUAUUGGUGGCGCUCUAAACGAAUUCAUUUUCUCACCUAGAUUGGACAACUUGAUGAAUUGUUUCUGUGCUUUACAGGGACUAUUAGAUUCACUUCAGAAUGAGAACUCGCUGAAAGAUGAUCCAAAUAUUCGAAUGAUCUGCCUAUAUGAUAACGAAGAGGUUGGAUCGCAGAGUGCCCAAGGAGCCGGAUCAUCGGCUACAGAAUAUACUUUGCGAAGACUUUCUGCAGGUGGCUCUACAACCGCUUUUGAAGAAAGUAUUGCAAAGUCCUUCCUUAUAAGUGCUGAUCAAGCCCAUGCUGUGCAUCCAAAUUAUGGACACAAGCACGAAGACGAUCAUCAGCCGGCAUUACAUAAGGGUCCUGUAAUAAAGUUUAACGCAAACCAACGGUAUGCGACUACGGCCGUCACCUCAGCAAUAUUAAGGGAAGUAGCGCAUAAAUGCAACGUACCUUUACAGGACUUUGUAGUAAGAAAUGACGUCGCUUGUGGUAGUACCAUUGGACCUAUCCUGUCUGCCAAACUGGGUUUGCGUACUAUUGAUAUUGGAAAUCCUCAACUGGCAAUGCAUUCAAUUCGAGAGAUGUGUUGCACUACUGGUGUCUAUCAGGCGACCGAGUUAUAUAAGGUAAUAAUAGUUUGUAGUGGAAUAAAUUCGGUCAGUCUGCGGUUAAUUUCAUAA